CGCCACCACCACAAGACCACAACUUCAAAACGCCCUUCAAUCGUUUUCUCUCUGCAAAGGAAAAGAAGAAGAAGAAGAAGAAAGUAUCUCUCAACAAUGUCGGAAUCCAAGAGCAAGGUCGAUUCUCUCAGGGAAUGGGUUGUCGAGCACAAGCUUCGAUCCGUUGGUUGUCUAUGGCUAAGUGGAAUUGUGGGUUCGAUAGCUUACAACUGGUCUCAGCCCGGCAUGAAAACCAGUGUGAGGAUCAUUCACGCCAGGUUGCACGCACAGGCUCUGACGCUCGCCGCAUUAGCCGGUGCAGCAGUGGUCGAGUACUAUGACCACAAAACUGGAGCAAAGCAUGAUAAAUACGCGAAGUACUUCCCAAUUGAGAACUUUAACAAGGAUUAAGCAAGGCGUGCGACGACCCUUCAUGGGGUAACUUCCAAUCCCAUAUAGCAUGGCAUGGCCUUGUGGAAGUUUUGCUAAAAAAUAGUUGGAGGAUAAUAAACACUUUUUGGAACAGCCUUUCUUCAACCUUUAUUAUUUAUUUUUUUUGUUUGUAAUAAUUAUUGUAUUUGGUUGCCAUUAAUGUAUAACUUUGUUUGUAAUAAUUCCGGCAUCGGGAUUUCCCUGCUACUGAUUUCCAAAUAUGUUGUAAUUAGGCCUCGGCCUUUCUUAAUUCAUUUGCUUUCUUGUUU